AUGGCGUCAACAUCAAAUGAUAGUUCUUGGUACACAUCUCUUUUAGGAUUAUCGGAAUAUUUCAGAACUUCUAAUCCUCCAAAUAUCCGCCUGUGCAUUCACUGUCUACAGACAAUUCUUGGUUUUCCACCUUCAUCCGAGAUUGAAGCGCGCACGCACCUCCAAUUAGGGAAUAUCCUGUUAGCACACACAAAAAACAUUGACACAUCUCAAAAUCAUUUGGAAAAGGCGACACAUCUAGAUGAUGUACGGUUUGAAUCAGCGAGUGUUUUAACUCAACUGUAUGAGAAACAGAACCAAACCAGUAAGGCAAAACCAUUAUUAUUAAGAGCUAUUGAACUGUCACAACAGGCACCCUAUUGGCACUGUCGACUUUUAUUUCAAUUAGCACAAAUUCAUACAAAAGAACAUGAUUUUUCAUCUGCAUCUAAUUUAUUGGCCAUUGGCACAGAUUUUGCUGUUGUUUCUCGGUCAGAAUAUACACGACUACUGUUUGUCCUUAGUAGAGCCAUGGUGUUGUUAAUAGAUAAACAGAUGGGUGAAGUUCACAAGGUUUUAAUGGAAGCCAAUCAGUUGUUGGAAACUUAUCAUGGUCCCCAUUUACAGAAAGAGUCAUUGCGUGUGUUUUUUCUUGUGUUACAAGUUUAUCACUGUUUGACUGCCGGUCAGGUUAAAACAGUAAAACCAUAUUUAAAACAAUUACAACAGAGUAUACAAACUAUUACACAAAUACAGUCAGAAGAUGAGCCAUUAUCAAAUAAUCCAGUAGAUUUAUUUCAAUGGUUACCCAAAGAACAUAUGUGUGUUUUAGUUUAUCUUGUAACAGUAAUGCAUUCAAUGCAGGCAGGUUAUAUGGAUAAAGCACAGAAGUAUACCGAUAAAGCGCUAAUGCAAAUUGAAAAAUUAAAAAUGUUAGAAAAUCAUCCCCUACUCUCAUCCUUCCAAUUAAUGUUAAUAGAACAUAUCGUUAUGUGUCGUUUAAUCAUGGGUAAUAAAUCGUCUGCCAUACAAGAAAUAUUUCAAGCUUGUCAUGUUUGUCAACAACAACCACGUCUUUUUACUACUCAUGGUGCACAAAUUCAUACUUUACUGGGGUUAUAUGCUAUGUCUAUGAAUUGUAUGGAAGCUGCUGAAUCCCAGUUUAAAACUGCAUACAAGUCAUCUUCAUCUACAGAUUUACGUUUAUUUGUUAAUUUAAAUUUAGCUAUUGUGUAUAUAAGAGCAAAUAGACAUACUGACUUAGCUACUUUAUUAGAAUCAAUCAAUCCAGAAACAGUUCCUCAACACUCACAUAGUUUAAAGGCAGCAGCAUAUUAUGUACAGGGUUUACAAGGUUUUUUCCAAUCUAGAUUUACAGAAGCAAAACGCUACCUCAGAGAAACUUUAAAAAUGGCGAAUGCUGAAGAUUUAAAUCGUUUAACGUCCUGCUCUUUAGUGCUAUUAGGUCAUAUAUUUUUAUCAAUGGGCAAUCACAGAGAAGCAAUGAAUAUGGUGACACCAGCAAUGCAAUUAGCAGGAAAAAUACCAGACGUACAUGUGCAAUUAUGGGCUUCUUCUUUAUUAAAAGAUUUAUACAGAUUAUGUGGUGAUAAUGUAAAUGCAGAAGAAGGCUAUAUGAUGCAUACAAAUUUUUCCCAAUCAUUAUUAAAAGAUCAUUUCCAAUCAUCACAGUUAUCUGAGCAUGGUUUGAUACAGUGGACUGAUGGUGAAUGUCCGUUUCAUUUAAGUAGUAGUGAAUACCAAAAUUCCUACCUGCAUCUCUUUUAAUACUGUAUUUUUUUUUUUCUACAAUUCUUCCCAGUUCAUGGUUUUAUAGAUUAUGUUACCUUUUAAGCACUAAUUCUUUAGAGUUCAUUUGAACAUUUUUAAGUAAAAUUGUUUUUUGGUUUUAUAUUUAAACUUUCAUUGAUAGUACUGAUCCAUAGUAGUUUGGUAGUUAACAUAGAUAUAUUCAGACCUCAUGUUGGACUGUUUUUGGAAAAGAAACUUUAGUUAUGAAUUCCAUAUUGAUUUAUAAUGUUUAAAUUUAGUAAACCAUAAAUUUUUUCAUCAGUUGGUAUUUUCAUCAAUACAAAAACAAUUGAACAUGAUAAUAAUUUUAUCAAUUGAUACAAAAAUGAUGAAAAAAGCUAUUCAAAAAUUAUUGACAAAAUCAAAUUCAAAAACAAUGUGGAUUGAUGUGUUUCAAAAUCAUAAUUACAUUUCAUGAAUUGAUAAUUAUUUCAUAGGAUUAAGGUUGAAGUAUGAUAUUUUAUAACAAAAAUAUUUACUAAUAGAAUUUGAGAAAAGAGUAAAACAUACUCUCAAGUUAAAAUUAUACAUUUUUCCUUGCUGAAGUAGGAUACAAAUGUUGUCAAUAUAAGGUGUGAUAAUUUUUGACAAGGUGGAAACAUAGAAUAUAAUUAUUUGUCAGAUUACUCCCAUUUUUAAUUGAACUGUAAUGUUAAGUCAUGUUUAUGUGAUAAAAUCAUCUUUGUUCAUGAUUACUUGAUCAUGUUUUAAAAUCAAUUCAUAAUAAACAUUUGUAAAUAAAUCAUUCUUACAGAGCAUUGUAAAUAAUCAUUUUUACCAAAUCAUAGAUCUUUGUAUAUAUUCAUUAUUUGUGUAUAAGUUUAUAGCCUGUAAAGAAAUACCACCCUUUUACAGUAGAUAAAUGUUUUGUAUAAAUUCAUUUCUCUUGUAUUUUACUGUCUUACUGUUUAUAAAAGAGAAC